AUGCUAGCACGAAACCUCACUGCUGCGUUUUCCGAACAGCUCCGCGCUGUCAUGAAUAACAAUAAUCCUGCUCCACAACAAGUAUUGGAUGAUAUGGCAGAUCAAAUAAAAAAUCUACGGGAACGGAUCGAGCCCCCUAACGAGACACCCAAAUCCCACGAAUCUCAAGAUGGGAACUCGGAGAUGUCACGUUCCAGCAAGAGAAACAAGAGGCGACGGGAGAGACCAAGGACUCACACAAGCCUCGGCAGAAGUGAUCCUAGAGACAGAGAGUCUAAAACCGCCUCUCAAGAUGCCCGUACUUAUUUAGAAAGCAAAAAGCAUAAGGCAUCCGAAAGCAUCCAGUCACUGGUGGAUCGACGGAGGGAAGAGAGGAAGAGGGCGCAGCUGGUAGGAUCCAACCAUCCAGCGAGUCCUGUAACCAUGCCGCGGAACGAAGAUGAGGUCAAAAUCCUCCCUGGAGAUCCUACGCCCAUAAUCUCUCCAAUGGCUCCUGAAAUACUUAACAUUCCCAACCCGGGGAAAAUAAAAAUCCCAAAUAUGGCGGCGUUUGACGGAACGUCAUGCCCUGAAGAACACUUGAUGGCGUACAAGAACCUGAUGCUAGAAGGCAAAUUUCUAGGCCACUUUAUAGCCUCAAGAAGGCAGGAGAAAUCAAAUUUCCACCUACUAAGUGUCACUCAAUUGGAAGGAGAAUCCAUAUCCUCCUAUCUGAAGAAAUUCCAUGAGGCGGUGCUAGAGGUGACAGAUUUAGAGGAAUCAGUCGCCUUAAACGCCCUUAUCAAUGGAAUGAAGGCUCAAAGGCUCAAGUUCCAGUUGGUGGAAAGCCAGGUCAAGACAUAUGCGGAGGCCAUGAAGCAAUGUCAAAGUUAUGUCACGGCCUCCGAGGUAUGUCAGGCACACGACCCCAAGAGGCGGAAGUCUGACAAGAAAGACGCCGCAACCCCCCACCAAUCCUCGAGGAACAGAGAAGAGCACCAGCCGAGGAGGGAAAGAAAUCACACGCCGCGUCGUCCCGCGCCCCCUUCAGAUAUGGGACCCCCGCGUUCCCAUCACAUUUAUACCGCGGCAGGGGAAUCCAGAACACGCAAUUUGUUAGACGGAGGAAACGACCCGAUGUUUAAUCGAAACAGAAGGGAUAUUUUCUUUGCCGUUCGCGACAAGUUGCCAACUCCACCUCCCACUACCACUCCUUCCAACAGGCGCAAUUACAAUUUGUGGUGUGACUACCACAAAGAGCACGACCACACCCUCGCCCAAUGUCGCGAACUCAAGCGUAUCUUGUAUCAGCUGGCCGAUGAAGGAAAGCUUUCCAGGUUCCUCAACAAGAGGGACUAUGACACGGAAGAAGGAGCAAACAGAAGGCAGUGGAAUCAAAGACGCGGAUCCCCCAAGAGGGAAGAGGCAAGGCGCGAAGGUUCCCAUACGCAAGGGACCAUCAACAUGAUUUUUGGAGGAUACACCGAGGAAUAUCCUACCGUCCGCGCUGCAAAAGACAGUGUUCAUACUCUGCUGAAAAGACCAACAACGACCGUAAUCGGCGGGCCGGUCAUGAAGUUUGAUGCCACGACCUCUCAAACGCUGCAACAGCCCCAUACUGACCCUCUGUUCGAGGAAAAGCACUUGCAGCCCCUCGAUAAGCCGCUGAUCGGGUUUGGGGGAAGUCAGGUCAUUCCGCUAGGAACGAUCAUUCUCCCCGUGCGCGUGGGAGAAAGAAGUGAAAGCAGGACCCUGCCCAUACGUUUCACGGUAGUGGAUCUCGCUUUCCCUUACAACGCCAUCAUGGGACUUCCCCUCAUUAACAAGAUCAAAGCUGCAAUCUUCCCUCAUCAACUCUUGUUACAAUUCGAACGGGACGAUGGGAAAGUUGGCAUCCUCAAGGGAGAUCAGAUAACGGCACGCCAAUGCCUUAUAAACACUCUGAAGCGCGGACACUCCGCGACACCCGCCAAAAGGGAAAGGGAAGAUCAAGACGCUCCCGCUGUCAUGAGCGUUUAUAUGGAAAACCCUAGCACACACGAAAGGCCUCGCCCCAUAGAAAGAUACGAGGCAGUAGACAUGUUCGAGGGAAAGCAACUAAAGAUAGGGAAAGAUCUUCCUGGUACGAUUAAACAAGAAAUCGUGGCCACCAUUGUUGAGUUCCGUGACGUCUUCGCCUUCAGCACGGAAGAAAUACCUGGCAUCCCUACUAGCGUCAUGUGUCAUAAACUUGACAUAAGACCAGGCCACAAACCAGUAAAGCAGAAGCUGCGGCAUCAAGGAAAAGAGCGGACCGAGGCUGCCAAAGAGGAAGUUGAAAAAUUAUUGAGAGCCGGAUUCAUUAGAGAAUGCAAAUACUCCGAUUGGCUAUCCAAUGUCGUCCUCGUGAAGAAACCAAACGGCAAAUGGAGGAUGUGUGUCGAUUUCACGGAUUUGAAUAGAGCCUGCCCCAAGGACGACUAUCCACUUCCCAAAAUAGAUCGCCUGGUGGACUCCACAGCAGGCCAUGCGCUAUUAAGUUUCAUGGAUGCCAAUGCCGGAUAUCACCAGAUUCAAUUGGCGCCGGAGGACCAAAUACACACGGCCUUCAUUACUAGCAUGGGUGUCUACUGCUACAAAGUCAUGCCCUUCGGGUUAAAAAAUGCAGGAGCCACCUAUCAAAGGAUGCACGCUGCGGACUUGCGUGAAACGUUCAAUACCCUCCGUAAACACCAGAUGAAGCUCAAUCCGGACAAGUGUGUGUUCGGGGUCACCGGAGGAAAAUGUCUCGGCUUCUUGGUAGACGAACGGGGCAUCGAGGCAAAUCCGGAUAAGAUUCAGGCCAUUCAAAACAUGAGAUCCCCCACCUCCGUAAAAGAAGUGCAAAAGCUUACGGGGUGCAUAGCCGCACUAGGAAGAUUCCUUUCAAAAUCGGCAGACAAAUGCUUACCUUUCUUCAAAACAAUAAAGCAACAGAAAUUCGAAUGGACCGCGGAAGCAGAAGAGUCUUUCCGUCAGCUUAAGGAGCACUUAUCGGCCUUGCGAAAACUAGUUUCGCCCAUCAAUGGGGAAAAGCUAGUCUUAUAUGUCUCUGUCUCCGAGUACUCGUUAUCCGGAGUACUUGUGGCGGAAAGAGAAAAGAAGCAGCUUCCAAUAUACUAUGUGAGUCAUGCAUUCCGCGGCUCAGAAGGGAACUAUUGCGAAGUGGAAAAGGUCAUAUUUGCGAUAGUGAUGGCCAGCAGGAAAUUAAAGCCAUACUUUCAGUCCAACCCGAUCAUUGUCCGGACUGAUCAACCUUUGAAAAAGAUCCUUGAGGGGAAAAACAAGUCGAGCCGCGUCACAGAUUGGGCAAACCAGCUAGCAGAUUUCGGCAUCGAGUACGAGUCUCGAACGGCAAUUAAAGCACAAGCCUUGGCUGACUUUAUUGCUGAAAGCACUUCCCCCCCUCCUGCUGAACUUAAUCGAGAAUGGAAAUUGUAUGUAGACGGGUCUUCAACACAAUCGGCGAGUGGGGCCGGGCUCCUCAUUGUGUCUUCCGCCGGGGUCCGCAUGGAAAGGGCGGUCAGAUUUGAGUUCGCGGCAUCCAACAAUGAGGCCGAGUAUGAAGCAUUACUGAUGGGGCUGAAAAUCUGCUACGAGGCAGGGGCUAAAGAAUUGGCCGCAUUCUCGGAUUCCCAAUUGAUAGUGGGGCAAGUAAACGGGGAAUUCGAGGCUAAAGAUGAUAGCAUGAAAAUGUAUCUGCAGCAAGUGAAGGACUUUAUUCCAAAGUUUGACAACUUCACGUUUGAGCACAUUCCACGAUCCCAAAAUGCCCAGGCCGAUUCCCUAGCAAAACUUGCCAGCUCCGCAGAUACUUCCGCGGCUCGUGAUAUAAUUUGGGAAGUGCUCCCCAACCCCAGCAUCAACCUCAUGAUCAACACCAUCGACAGAUCUGAAACAUGGAUGGGGCCAUACGUUAAGUACUUGCAAGAUCAAACGCUCCCCCAGGACGAGAAUCAGGCCAAAAUGCUCCAGAAGAAAGCCAAAUGGUUCGAACUUCAUGAAGGAACGCUUUAUAAAAAAUCAUACACACAUCCCCUCCUGAAAUGUGUUGCUCCUGAAGAAGGAAAUUAUAUCCUACGAGAAAUACACGAAGGCGGAUGCAGAAUACACCAGGGAGUGCGAACGGUCAUUAGCAAAGUCCUUAGAAGUGGUUAUUAUUGGCCUUCACUCCGGAAAGACGCGGAAGAGUUGAUCCUACGGUGUCCUGAAUGUCAGUAUCACUCAAAGAAAGGGAGAAAACCCUCUAAUUACUUGACCGUCUUGCAAGCCGUCCUGCCAUUCGACAAGUGGGGUAUGGAUCUCCUUGGCCCUUUUCCACCAGCAAAGGGGCAGCGCAAGUUCAUCAUUGUGGCUAUUGAUUACUUCACUAAGUACGUAGAAGCAGAGGCUCUUAGUUCGAUCACAGACAAGCAAGUCUGCCAGUUUUUAUGGCGGAACAUCAUCACAAGAUACGGCAUACCGAGGGUGAUCAUCACGGAUAAUGGAAGGCAAUUUGUCAGCAAGAACACCAUUGAGUAUUGCGACAAAUUCCACAUCCAAAUCAGAUUUAGUUCUGUGUCCAGGCCGCAAACUAACGGUCAGGUAGAGUUCGCCAACAAGGAGAUACUAAACGGUAUCAAAAAGAAGAUAGAAGGUGUGAAGGGUAAUUGGGAUGAAGAACUACCCGGAAUCUUAUGGGCCAGUCGAACCACCAUAAAAGAGGCCACGGGGCACACACCGUUCUCUUUAGUGUACGGGUCCGAAGCCCUAAAUGUUCCUUGUACGCAACGUCGACAAGUCGGACCCUCUGAUAAGGGUCCUGAAGUUCAACCUGCCGCGACGUUGAUGAAUCGGACCCUUAAAUUGGUUCCAAGGUCGAAAUUGUCAAAUCUACAAGUUCAAGCCGUGACAUCAAUUAAAGGCUGUUUCCCGCCUAAUGAGGGAGAGAAGCCCCGGCCAGUGAAAGAAAGUUUGAAAUAA